AGGCUGCGUCUUGCGGCUGCGCGGAGGCACCUUGCUCGCCAGUGAUGGUCAGCUGUGAAAGGGACGGCCUCCGGAAAUGCGCCUUCGGCAUGUAACUCCGAGUUUCAGGGCGCCCUUACGGCAUCACAAUGUUCGUGUACGGUUCCGAAAUCACGUAGACAUGUAAUAUGUGUGUGCGAAGUGUUAUUUCACGGUGAAAAUCUGGCGUGAACGGUGCCGCAGUGGGUCGGGGAUCAUGGCGUCGGUCUCGGCCGAGCCCCCAGCAAGCCACGGGCACAGCUUCAGCAAGAAAACUUUUCACAAGCCCACCUACUGUCACCAUUGCACCGAUAUGCUAUGGGGCCUUAUACAACAAGGAUAUACCUGCGAAGUGUGCAACUUCGUAGUGCACGACCGCUGCCUGAAGACCGUGGUCUCCCCCUGCUCCAGCAUCGCAGCCAGUCUCAUCAAGAAUCCCGUGGCCCACUGCUGGUCCGAACAAACACACCACAAACGGAAGUUCUGCAAUGUAUGCAGGAAGAAGCUCGAUGACAGCUUGUCAAUACACUGUGAAAUUUGCGAGUACUUUGUACACGUAGAAUGCCAGGACUUUGCAGUGGCUGACUGCAAAGAAAAUGCAACAUAUCUCCCUGGCAAGGAGCUGUCAUCGGUACACCAUGAACACCACUGGCGUGAGGGUAACCUGCCGAGCAACUCGAAGUGUGUUGUAUGCAAGAAGACAUGCUGGUCAGCAGAAUGUCUGUCAGGAUACCGAUGCGAGUGGUGUGGCAUGACGUCUCAUGCUGUGUGCCGUAAGAGCAUUCCUCCUGAGUGUACAUUCGGAAACCUGGAACCCAUAUAUCUGCCCCCACAUGCUGUUAGCAUUCCCCGCACUGAGGUGCCAAUGGAGGCAAUAAUAGGGGUGCAGGUCCGACGGAAAGAGACCAUGUCCCGUGAGUAUUCAUGCCCUCGAAGCAUAUCGGAAGAAUUCAGCAGUGGUGAUACACGUUACCGUGAUAAUGACGACGUACCACAUGCACGUGACAAAGGAAAAGAGAAGGAAGACAGAGAUGAAGAAAUGGUGAAAGUUUAUGAUGGUAACAGUUCAUAUCGAAGGCGCAUAUUCCGUGUCAUCACUGUGCCAAGACAGGCUUCAUUAGAACAAUUCCUCACAGCAGCACUUCGAGCAUUCCAUAUAACUAAGGAUCCAGCAAAUUUUUAUCUGACGGAUAUAUACGCUACAGAAGAAUCAAGACUUGCUGAAACUCCUCUGUCAGAUUCUCAUCCUGUGACAAACCUGCACCGCAAAGAAGGAAAGCGGCCUGCUGUUUUUUUACGUUUCAGAGACCGAGAUAAUGACAGUGGUGAAGUGAAAGUUUAUCCAGGGAAACUGCAGGUUUCAGAGGCCUAUUGCACUAUUCCUGUAAAUGCAGAAACUACAAUUGAUGAUCUCAUCCGUGAAUCACUUGGUCGCUUUGGACUUGAUAAUUCUAAAGCAGAAGAUUAUCGUCUAAGCCAGAUUCUGCUGGACAGGGGAGUUACGGAACAUGUUCUUUCAAGAGAUGAUAAGCCCUGGGAAAUAGUGAAGCAGUUGGGUAAAGAUUCUAUCCGGCAAAUGGAACUCAUGAGGUUCUACUUACAACUGAAGCAAGAUCCACAUGGUCCAAAUCUUGCUCUGUUUGUUGGAAAUUUACCACCAAAUAUUUCACAGAGAAAUUAUGAGAAUAUGCUAACUGAAUUUCUUGGGAAAGAAAAUAAAUUUUCUUCAAUUGGGCCAAUUUAUUAUGAAUAUGGUUCCAUGGUUAUUACUUAUGAAGAUGCAGACAAAGCAGUUCGUGCUUUAUAUAUCCUUCGGGAAUCAAAGUUCGAAGACAAACACCUUCUUGUUAUGCUGCUCCCAAACAUUGAGCCCAGCACAGUACCUGCUGGCGUGCAACCCCUAUUGGUGUUUGUGAAUGUAAAAUCUGGUGGAUGCCAGGGUCUUGAGCUGAUCUCAAGUUUCCGCAAACUGCUUAAUCCCUAUCAAGUGUUUGAUCUUGAUAAUGGAGGACCACUCCCAGGGUUAUAUGUGUUCCGUCAUAUCAAGGACUACAAAAUUCUUGUUUGUGGUGGUGAUGGGACAAUCGGCUGGGUACUACAGUGUUUGGACAAUGUUGGCCAGGAUAGUGAGUGCUCAUCCCCUGCAUGUGCUAUUGUGCCACUGGGUACAGGAAAUGAUUUGGCUCGUGUGUUGCGGUGGGGCCCAGGAUAUACUGGUGGUGAAGAUCCUUUGAACCUUCUUAGAGACGUAAUUGAUGCUGAAGAAAUCAGAUUGGACAGAUGGACUGUUGUGUUUCACCCUGAGGACAAAGCUGAAGACAAAGGUGCUCCAUUAAGCACCGGUAAUUCUACAGAUCAUCUUCAGUCUGACAGACUUAAAGGUUUUCCGGCUAGAGGCAGUUGGAGGAGGGGGGUGUGUGCUGGAUCCACAAGUGAAGACAACACGCAAAUUUUCGUGAUGAAUAACUAUUUUGGUAUUGGAAUUGAUGCUGAUCUCUGCCUUGAUUUCCACAAUGCUCGAGAGGAGAACCCCAAUAAGUUUAACAGCAGGUUACACAAUAAAGGAGUCUAUGUGAAAAUGGGACUUCGUAAGAUGGUUGGACGAAAAAUGUGCAAAGACCUUCACAAAGAAGUUCGUCUAGAGGUUGAUGGAAAGCAUGUGGAACUGCCACAAGUCGAGGGCAUCAUAAUUCUCAACAUUUUGAGUUGGGGUUCAGGAGCAAAUCCGUGGGGACCAGAGAAGGAAGAUCAGUUCUCCAAACCAAAUCAUUGGGAUGGAAUGCUGGAAGUUGUAGGUGUCACAGGUGUUGUUCACUUAGGUCAGAUUCAGUCUGGCCUCCGGUCUGCAAUGAGGAUUGCUCAGGGAGGACACAUCAAAAUUCAUCUGAACUCAGAUAUUCCAGUUCAGGUUGAUGGAGAACCAUGGGUGCAAAGCCCUGGUGACGUUGUUGUACUUAAAUCAGCUCUAAAGGCAACCAUGUUGAAGAAAAAUAAGAUCAAGCGGCGAAACACUGAACCCUCUAUCCUGCCAGCAAAUGGGGAGGGGGGCAAGAGCAGUGAUGAAUAAAUCCAUUCUCAGCAGCCUCAGAGUAGAGAAACCUAUGCAGUCUGGGAGCUGUAUCUCAUCCUGUCUAAAUAUUUUCUUUAAUGUUGCUUAAAAGAUAUUUCGAUCAAUCAUUUUCUUAUAACAUUUACCAUUUGUGUAUGCAUGUGUUCCAUUAUGAGUCACUGUUAAUCUAGUUUGAGAAUGGAGUUAAGUCAUGGAUAUGCAUGAAAUAAUGCCUGUGUUGUAUUCAUGUUUCAGUUUUAAAAGUUCUCAGACUGCAUUCCGAGUUAUGGUCUAUGUGUACUCCCCUUUUUCCUUACAAAUAUGUGAGAGGAACUUCCAAGCUUCACACACUUUCACACUUCACUGGGUUGAUUGCUGUUGUAAUUCAGACUCCUCUCACUUUUUUUUCUUUUUCAUGUUAUGCUUUCUUGCUUACUAAUCUAAUUCUGCUUCUUUUUUUGUCUUGCAUCAAAAUAUAAUUACUCACAAAAUGUUUAUGUGAGAAUGUGGUCCACUUUUGAUUAUUGACAUCAGUUUCUUCUCUUUCCUUUGCACUGCUUUGUUUGCUCCUCCCAUUCCUUUCAUUCCUAAAUCCUCUGCUAGGCUACAAUGUUGAAGAAGAUGAAGGGAAAGAUGAAACGCCGCAACACAGAGCCACUAAUGCUGGUGUCUCCAGGGUCACAGUUCGUGCUGCCAGCGGACUCAUCAGCAAAUCACAACAACACUGCUGUAUGAAGAGUGUGAUAUUGUAAUUAAUCUUUUAUACUUUGUGAAUAUCAUUAAAUUGUAGCCUUUUUUAUAAAAAUGUAUAGGAAAAAAUGUACCCCAUUCCACAUUGAAUGAAUGUGUUGUGAGCAAUUGCUAAAGGAGCCUAAAUAAAUUCCAUAGUUCUCAUGAAUCACAGCAUACAAGCAGUGGCGCAGUGAACUAUGGAAAGACAUAUUUUUUAAUGUAAAUGUGAAAGAACUGUUAACCAAUGCAGAUUGGUUUUAAUGUUCAGAAAUAAUUUUUGCUGUAAUUUAUUUUUCCCAUGUGGUUGACACUAAAUAGGUUAAGAUAGAUCUCAUUUCCCCAUCAUUUAAUAAUGUGCCCUAUGGUAGAUUGUCAGUUGCCCAUACUCCCACUAAGAGAAAGAAGCUAACUGCUUCUCCAUUCAGUAUUAAAUGAAUACUUGGGCAUAUUAAACAGUCCACAGGGCAAACUACCACUAGUCAUAAAACAUGUGUGUCUGUUGUGUACUACUUUUUAAAACUGCAGAGAAAACUGGGCAUGGGUUUACACAAGUGUCUUGUGUGUGGCUGCAUGUACGCUUAAUUUUUGCAUUUAUGUUCUUAGUAUUGUAUACUGUAAUGACAAAUAUUACAUUAAAGUAUGGUAUUUUACCAGUGGACUUGGCACAGUGCGACAGUUAUGAUACUGUUACAUGUGUUGUGGACAGUGUAAGAGCACAACAAGACAUUGGGAACAGUUGUUACAGUUAUAUUACUACAGUGUGUAAAUGUAUUUUGCUGUCAGUCAUAAAAUGUAGGUCUGGGAAUCAGAUCCUUCUUGUGACAGAAAGAAUGUAAAUUUUAACGCAUAAUAAUUGCAUAUGUAAGUUUGGAGUAAUUAGCAGUUUUGUAGUAGAACAUGGACAUUGCUGAAUUUCUGCUAAAAGCACUUCAGACUUACAAUCAUGCAAACAUUUCUAGUCAGGUCAACCGAAGACCAAUGGCGAUAAACUAGGAUGAGAAAGGAGGCAUAAAGAUGGUUGUAAAAAUGAUGCUCUUUGUUAAUUGGUGUGUAAUGGAUUGUAUUUUUUCUGUACAGAGAGAAGAUAUGCAUACUUUGAAUAUUUGCCUACAAAAAUGAAAAUGAGAGUGGUCAUUGUAUUCUGAGAGCAUUUCCAGAGGUAUGCCAGUUAUGCUUCCUACAUUUCUCUGCAAUACAUUCCAUGUACAACAUUACAGAUAGAAUAAUGUGUGGUUGGUUACUACCUCACACUAUCACAUACUUGAUAUGACAUUGAAGAGGAUGGCUCACAUUCAUCCCUAAAUUUAAGGUAUACUCGUGAGCUUACCUUAAUUACCCCAAGAGUGGGGCUCCCCAGAUUUGACAAAAUAUUUUUAGAAUCCAUCCAGAAUCUCUGAGCAUAUGCUGCCAAUGGACAAACACAGAUAUGUAGUUCCAGAUGAUGUCGUACUGAUCUGUUGUUCUCCAGUGUGUUCUGAAAGGUUUAUGAUCUGUACAGAUUGUUGACAUGUGUGAUGUGUGAAGAAGGAAGUUACUUUGUGACUGAAAAUGUAUGGUUUUCUGAAGAAGGUUCUGUAGUUGGAUUAAUGUUGUUUGUGGUUCAUGAGCUGUGUUUGGUACAUGAAAGGGCUUUACUGGUAUCAUUCCACACUAUGAGGAAAGACUAUUUUAGAUACCAGUUCGUGAGAUAAAGGUUCCUUGACAGAUAUGCACAUAAAGUUACAGUUAAAGAAAAGCGAAUACACUGGAAGUUUUGCUUGUGAGAAAGAAGAUUGCCUGCAGGAAAGUGAAGAGUAUUUGAGACGUCCUUUGCAAGCAAUGUGCCAGGACCUGGUUGGAUGGAACACCAGUUGGUAACUCAGCUUGGUGCCCUAUUGGCGCUUUGUAGGUCGCGCUAGAAUCUAGUCAAUAUCCCACAUCCCUGUAGACUCCUCCAAGCUCAAUGUCAAACCGUGCGUGUCUGUCUGUUCUUUAUUCAUUUCAUAUUUUACAUGCUAAUAUAAUGAAAAUUCUAAAUUUUAUGGGUGUCUUGGUCCGUUCCGGAAACGGAUGUCAAGCCUCCUGGUUCCUAAUCAGCUAGAGAUGUAUGGGGCUCAGUUGUUGACGAGUUGCUAUUCCGGAGCUUAUCUCGUGAACAAUAAACAUUUUUAGCUGAUUUGUGAACAUAUAUGUUAAAGAUUCGACAAAAGCCUCACGUCACUGUUGCAUUAUAUUGAUAGCUAAUAUUAUAUUAUGCUCUGUACAAUCUAUACUAAAGAUCAAUGUGCUAUGUUCUCCUGUCGUUAUACCCAAAACCAACAAGUUGUUGAGCUUGCAAGUUCGGCAGCAGAUUGCACAGACUCGAUAAAUUAUCUGACAAUCUGGGUCAACAGCUAGCUCACACAGUUGGUGAACGUAUCGGCUGUGUUUUGGACUGCUCCAGGAUAUUUCGCAAUUAAAAUUGUGCAGUAUUGGUGUCUAAAUACGUUACUUAACCCUGGAACAGCUCAACACUUUAAAGAUCGAAUGUAUUUUAUUGAGUCUCUUGCAAUAAAGUCUCUCUACAUACGAUAUAUAUAUAAAUAUAUAUAUGUAUAUGAUGUGAAGAUGAUAAUAUAGAUUAUAUUAUAACUUGUGGAUAUAGAAAGGUAUUAAAUGUAACUUCAAACGCA